AUGUCGAUGCUCACCAUGUUCUCGGAGAAGAUCAUGACGCUGCCCCCGGGCGUCAAUGCGUCACCUUCGCUACGAGCGCGCAGCACGUCGACGUCCGAAGUGCCCGCUGCGAGGACGCACACGUCCGACUACCGCGAGAAGAGACGGUGCGUGCACCACGAGGCAGAUGUUGUGAUUGUGGGCGCGGGCAUUGUCGGGUGCGCGGCGGCGGUUGCGUUUGGCAAGCAGGGGCGCAGUGUCAUCCUGCUGGAAAAAAGCCUAAAGGAGCCGGAUAGGAUUGUCGGCGAGCUGCUGCAGCCCGGCGGCGUCAAUGCCCUGGAGAAGCUGGGGCUGAGGGACUGUCUCGAAGACAUUGAUGCGAUUCCCUGCUACGGCUACCAGGUCUCCUACCACCAGGAGCCCGUCCGCAUUGCCUACCCCGACAACCUCAUCACCGACAAGCCGUCAAAGAAGCCCGAGGGCCGUUCCUUCCACCAUGGCCGCUUCAUCUCGAAACUCCGCGCCGCCGCGCAAGCCGCACCCAACGUUACCGUCGUCGAGAGCACCGUGACCGACAUUGUGAAGAAUGGCUACACUGGCCAAGUUCUAGGUGUAGAGUGCCAGACCCAGGGCGAAAAGGACUACUACUUUGGCGCCGUAACGCUUGUGGCCGACGGCUACGCCUCCAAGUUCAGAAAGGAGCACAUCCCCCACCAGCCCCAAGUCCGCAGCAGAUUCUGGGGUCUUGAAAUGAUCGAUGCUGAGCUUCCCAUGCCCUACCACGGCCACGUCAUCCUCACCGAUGCACCGCCAAUACUCAUCUACCAGAUAGGCACACACGAGACUCGAAUCCUUGUCGACAUCCCUGAGGGUCUGCCGAGUGCGAGCGUAAAAGCAGGAGGCGUCAAGAAUCACAUGCUCAACGUUGCUCUGCCCAAUCUUCCCGAGUGCGUACAGCCUGCUUUCAGGCGUGCAGUCGAGGCAGGCAAGUUGAGAUCAAUGCCAAACUCGUUCCUUCCGCCUACAAUACAGAAGACACGCGGUCUCAUCAUGCUCGGCGACGCAAUGAACAUGCGCCACCCGCUUACCGGAGGCGGUAUGACCGUGGCUUUCAACGAUGUCGUCACACUCUCUACACUUCUAUCGCCCCAAAAUAUCCCAAACCUCGAAGAAACAGACGCCGUACUCGCAGCGAUGAGCAAGUUCCACUGGGCCCGCAAAGACGGCUCUUCAGUCAUCAACAUACUCGCAAUGGCACUAUACAGCUUGUUCGCAGCCAACAACGUCCAUCUCACAGCCUUGAAGAACGGAUGUUUCAGGUACUUCCAGCUCGGCGGCAGGCACAUUAGUGAGCCGGCUGGUCUGUUGAGCGGUCUUAUUCGCAACCCCGUGUUUUUGGUUUUCCAUUUCUUCAGCGUUGCGUUUUAUGCGAUACUUUGCAGGGCCAGGGACGUACCAGUCUGGAAGGUGCCGUACGUUCUCUGCGUUGAGAGCAUACUCAUUAUCUACACGGCGGCGACAGUCAUUGGACCCUAUCUUGUAUGGGAGGUACGCAGGUAA